GGUUGACCAACGCUCUCGUUCUCCGCGGCGGCUGCUGCAAAUCACUUCGCAUUCGUGGGCCGUGACGACGACGACGACGACGGCGGUGGCAGCGUGAUGUUUGGAUUCAACGUGAACAAGCUCAAGCCGAACCUGAAGAUGGCGGUCAGUCGCAUCGGGAUUGUGAAGAACAAGAAAGCUAUCACGUCGAAGGCGCAGCGGAAAGAUGUGGCCAAGUUGUUGGCCGAUGGCAAGGAAGAGAAAGCCCGCAUUCGAGUGGAAGGGUUGAUUCGAGAGGAUUUUGUCAUCGAAGCAUACGAGAUCAUCGAGUUGCUGUGUGAGCUGAUAUCUGAGCGCACGCCGUUGAUCAAGUCUGAGCGCGAAUGUCCGUACGAUAUGCGAGAAGCAGUGUGCACCCUCAUCUGGGCAGCCACGCGGACUGAAAUCCCCGAGCUGGCUGAGGUGAAAAACCAGUUGACGAAAAAGUAUGGCCAAGACUUCACCGCCGCCGCCAUGCGCAACGUCGAUGGCUGCGUGAACGAGCGCGUGAUUCACAAACUCAGCGUCCAACCUCCAAAUGCGUACCUCGUCAUCAACUACUUGAAGGAAAUCGCCAAGCAACACAACGUGGCCUGGGUUCCAGACGAAAGCCAAAUCGUCGACCCUCUUGCACCCAUGGCCGCCCCCACAGGCUCGUCCAUCGGCCAGGCCGGCGUCUCCGGGCCCGACUUUGCCGCCAUUUAUGCCGAGGCUCCUCCUCCAGGGCGAAUCCCCUCAGCGUUUCCCACCGUGCCGAAUGCAACUCCAGCUUACAUCGCUCCCCCUGCCCCAUCAGCGCCUCCCAAGGCAGUCGAUGCGUAUGCCGCACCUUCUGCGGCCGUGGCGCCUCCAGUGGAUACAUCCUCCAACGACGUACCGGACUUUGACGAACUCGCAUCUCGAUUUGAGAAACUGCGACGGAAGAACUAAACGAUAAAACAACUAGGCCAAGUGACCAUGAAACGAGUCUCUGCAGUGCUCUCAUGGGGAUUGAUGCUUUCGUUACGAGAGUCCGAUGGACAGUACGAGUAUAGUUUAG